UCGGGAGCGGCAGGAGUGCGCGUGCCGGAGAAGUUCGCUCGCGCCGCGGCUCAGGAACAAGGAACUUCGACGCUCAACUGCCCACCAAGACACACGAGCCUUUAAAUCAGCAAGUUUAUGUCGCUGUAGCACGACAAACACCUGGAAAGGCUGCGUCAGCUGAUUCCAUAUUGACCCACCACAUCCCAUCAUGCUCCUCUCCUCCAGCUUUUGACCUCUGACAGCGAUGGCGGACCGCUCGAUUGCUCCUGGUCAGACGUACAUAGAGGUGGAGUACGAUUACGAUUACAAGUCCAAAGAUCGUUUGAUCACUAUUAAACAUGGGGAAAGUUACCUGCUUGUGAAGAAGACCAACGAGGACUGGUGGCAGGUUCGUAAGGACGAGGCCAGUAAGCCAUUUUAUGUCCCAGCGCAGUAUGUACGAGAAGUGCGACGAGCACUCAUGCCCCCUCCUAAACCCCUCAAUGUACCAGGCAGAGUGGGGCCUGGACCCAACCGACCCUCUGCCCUGGAGAUCCAGCGGCCAAAUGACAACAAAAAGAGCCCGUGUCCUUCUCCCUCCAGCACUGCUUUAUUGCCGCCCAGGGAUGACCGAGGCAGUCCGGUUAGCCCAACUAGACAUUUACCUCCUGCACAAAUGAACACUUUCCCUGGCUCGCUUCCUUGCUUCAGAGCGGAGUCUCCGGGUAGCAAACUGGAUGGAGAGAGGGAUAAAGACAAAGAUUCGGAGAGGAAGGAUCGAGGUGAAAAAGCUGCAGUUCAGGAAGAGCUUGCUGAAGAAGGAGGUGAUUCGGAUAAAAACCGGAUUGACUCAGAAUCCGGGGAUGAACUCAGCAGCGGUUCCACUGAUAACCUACAGACUUUAGGUUCAGGUCAGGGCAGGCCUGACUCUCCUGUCUACACAAACCUGCAGGAGAUGAAGAUCUCCCAGUCCUUCACUCCUCCACCGCCAUCCUCCUCUCCUCUCCACACCAAUGGCGACUGGGAGACUCAUAAAGACCAGAAUGGCAGACACUUCUACUACAACCGCAGCACGCAGGAGAGGACCUGGAAACCCCCACGGGCACGGGACAGCCUUCCCAGGAAAGAGGAGAAGCACGACAUGACUGACACUGAGGUUUUGUCGUCGGAGGAAAACUGUCUGAGCAGCCAAUCAGACAGCCAGUAUGGUUCGCCCCCUAGAGGCUGGUCUGAGGAAAUGGAUGAGCAUGGCCACACUCUUUAUGUGUGUGACUAUACUAACGAGAAGUGGUUGAGACACACAGAUGAGCGAGGCCGGCUGUAUUACUACAGCGCAGAUGGCUCCAGAUCUGAAUGGGAGCUUCCUAAAAUUGGUCUCAAAUCACAGUCUAACCACACAUCUGUGAUGCCAGGAGAUUUGCACAAAACCCGUAGUCUUGACCGGAGACUACCAGAUCCCAUUCCUAUCAGCAGGACACAGAGACACAGCAUAUAUUCCCAUGAGACCAAUGACAAGUUAAAGCAGAAAUCUGUCAAGGUCCGGCGGUCCUUCCUUCCGCGCCGCAAAACCACCUUGCGCUCUCACCCUUAUUUUCCACAAGACACCAAAACUGGCUCACCCGACUCCGACUCCUCCUGCCCUUCCUCUCCCAAACCUCCCCAUUCUCCGUCAGAGAAAUGUGCCACUUUAAACAUGACUAAAAUCACUGAACAUGGAAAGAAAGUCCGGAAGAACUGGACCUCCUAUUGGACAGUUUUGCAAGGUUCAUUAUUGAUAUUUAAUAAGGGCCAAGGAGGCGGGUCUGGCUGGUUUGGAAGAGACCAGAAGAGUUCAGUGGAGUAUAGUGUGGAUCUCAAAGGAGGGUCAGUGGACUGGGCGUCUAAAGACAAAUCCAGCAAGAAACAUGUUCUAGAGCUGAAGACCCGGCAGGGCACGGAGUUACUCUUGCAGUCAGAUAGCGACGGCCUCGUGAAUGACUGGCACAAAGCUUUGACUGAAGCCAUUCACACAUAUGUGUGGGAGUCUGAUGAGGCCAUUGAAGAAGACAUGCCAGAAUCUCCUGAAAACGAGAAACAUGACAAGGAAAAAGAGCGAAAAAACUCCAAGAAGGCCAGAGAUAUUAAGAAAACUGCAAGCAUGGACAAUGCAGAACAGAAGAAGAAGACCAAACUGAUGAAGCUCCUCACUGGCAGACCUACUUUACAGGCUGUCAAAGACAAAGGCUACAUUAAAGAUCAAGUGUUUGGGUGCAGUUUGAGCAGUCUGUGUCAGAGAGAAAACUCCACUGUACCCCGCUUUGUCUGGUUGUGCAUUGAGCAAGUGGAGAAGAACGGGUUAGGAGUGGAUGGUUUGUACAGAGUCAGUGGAAAUUUGGCCAUUAUACAAAAACUGAGAUUUGCUGUUAACCACGAUGAGAAAAUCGAUUUAGGUGACAGUAAAUGGGAGGACAUUCACGUGACCACUGGAGCUCUGAAGAUGUUUUUCCGUGAGCUGCCAGAGCCUCUGUUCACCUACACGUUCUUCAAUGAUUUCAUCUCUGCUAUCAAAAUGCCAGACUAUAAGCAGAAAGUUCAGACGGUUAAGGAUCUGAUGAAGCAGUUGCCACGGCCAAACCACGACACCAUACAGGUGCUCUUCAAACACCUGAAGAAAGUGAUCCAGCAUGUGGACGAGAACCGAAUGACCACUCAGAGUGUAGCCAUUGUGUUCGGCCCGACGCUCCUCCGCCCCGAGAUAGAGACAGCAAAUAUGGCAGUGCACAUGGUCUACCAGAACCAGAUCGUUGAGCUCAUUCUUAUGGAGUAUGACACUAUAUUCGGCAGGUAGGUCACACACGCAUAGGAAACCUUUGACCAAACUCAACGGGCCAGUUGCUGCUGAAGACCCACUGACUGCCAGUGUUUUGGUACGUUUACAUGAAAGAACUGCUCGUAUUGGAAAAACCCACCAUUCUGGCUUCAACUUAAAACAGACGAGACUUUUUCUCCAACUUAUAUUGGACUAAGUUAUGGUCCCGUUUUUCUUAGUUGGAAUUAAUUUUGAUACACACCCAAAUCCAUUGGACUAAGGCCUUUACUGGAUUUGUUUGGAGCAAUGAGGAUUAAUAUAUCAACUGUCCGACUGAAAACGUGAUGCUCAUGGGAGAGAACUGAUGUUUCAUUUUCCGUUCACUUUUAGUACGACCUUUUGCAUUGCAUAUUUCCAUGAAAAUACUCUCAUACGGUAUUGAACGGCAUGUCAACCGAUUGUCUGACAUGACAGACUUUAUCCCUAACUAACGCCUUGGAUGGGUUACAUUUUCCUCUGGCCUGCUGGAAGUGACCACUGAAAUCACUGGAGUUAUUUUGUAGACCAUUUAUGGACCUUUUUUUUGGAGCUCGCAAUUUCUAAAUAUCGAUUCAGUAUCAAAGAACGUACAAGCUCUUGUAUGUAAGUCUGUAGGUGUACUUCAGACUGUGGGAGUACUGUUAUCCUGGUUUAUUACAAAGGCACUGGAAUGAAAUGUGUUAACAUUUAAGCAUGUUAAGAGGACAUUAGACCCGCUGCUUUUCCUGACCAAGAUCCAAGACAUGCAUUGGCAACCUAUUUAUCAUGAGAAUACAGUACGCUGUAGAUAAAAUACCACUUGAAGAUUUUUGUAUUAGAAGAACGUGGCAGAAAUUGUCAACACUGAGCUUUCUAUUGAUGUCCAUGUGCUUGUGAUGAGGAGUUAAAAUGCACAUGGAAGGCACCACAAUUGUGUUGAUGGUAGAGACUGGUUUAUUAAAGUUUUAAUGAGUUAUUACAGAAAAGGCUAUUUGGAAAAAGGCUGUCGAAUGUAAUUCGUCAGAUAUUCUGCUUUGUCACAGAACUUUGUCUUGAUGAAAAUAAAAAUGAUAAGACAAACCA